AUGGUGACUCCCUCACGUGGACCUCGUAUAACCGGUGGACAACAGCGUUAUCAAAUUGGUGAUUAUGUGCGUGUCAACUGUUCCUCCUAUCCCUCCAAACCGGUGUGUCAUUUAAGUUGGAGCAUAAAUGGUGAACCGGCCAAUAGAUCUUAUUUAAAGUUUUACGAUAAUGUUGUCUAUGGCAGGGAGGGUCUAGAGGUGGCGAUAUUGGGUUUAGAUUUUAGAGUAAGAAGUAAUCAUUUUAGAAAUGGUGAUAUGAAAUUAAAGUGUGUGGCCAAAAUAUCCUCGCUAUAUUUUCAAAGUCGAGAAGAAAGUGUAGAAUCUGAUCGUCCACAAAAAGCACCCGUUUUAGAAUCACGAGAAACAGUAGCAGCCAAAUCAAGAGCACAUGGUACAUCCAAUUACGGAAGUAUACAUCAUUAUAAUGGUAUUUCUGCUAGUUAUCUACUAACCUUAAUAGGCUGUCUAUGCCUUUCAACACUUGCAACAGCUGCAACAUCUACAAACAUAAAAACAUCAGCAUCGAAAACAAAAUUACGCCAAAAUACAGCUGCAAUAUCCAAUACUAAUAGCAUUAGCAACAGCGUUAGUAAUAUCAGUAGUUUUAGUCUUUUUAAGUUACUAAUACAUCAUUUAGUAUUUAGAUAA